AAACUUAAAGUGAGAGAAGUGAACAAAGUUUUGGAUACUUUGAAAGCUAAUAAGUAACAUUUUGUAAUAUAAAUAUUUGGACAUGUGUGUGGCGAAACAAAAGCAACAAAAGCAACAACAAAAAUUGCUGCGCAAGGCGUACAGAGUGUUUUUAUAAUACGAAACAAACAAUAUACAAAUCGAAUUCAAACGAAUUGCACGCAAAUUAAAAAGCAAAUUUUGAAAAUGCGAAUUCAAGUGGCACGCCUAUGGGCGUACUGUGUGUUGCUGGCGUGCGUGCAGGCGCUGCCGACCAAUCAAUUAAACCAAAGCUGCUUCCUGGCAACCGGCAACUGCAGCAGCGAACUUAAUCUGCGCCACAUCGAGCAGCUGGAAUUAUAUAUGCGGCCCGAAGCGGAUGCCUGCGAGAACUUUCAUGACUACGCCUGUGGCAAUUGGCACAAGCAACAUGGCGGCAACGUAUCCCAAAUGUCAUUGAGUGGCGCACGCAUUGAGCAGCGCUAUGUGCAGCUCUUCGAGCAACUGUUGCAAGUGCCGCAAACGGAGCUUAUUUAUGAAAAGCUGCUACGCUACUACAACAGCUGCCGCACGCUGGGCAAGCAGAAUCUAAAACGCUAUUUGCAACGUCUGCCGGCAACCGAGAGCAACCACUGGCUGGAGCUUCUGGCGCUGAUGGGCCGUUACGGCUAUCGCGGUCACUAUGUGCAGCUGAGCGUGAGUCAACAGAAUGCCACACAUCAUAUGCUGCUGUUGCAACUGCACAACUACAAUCUGAGCCUGAAGCUGAGCAGACGCAUCUAUGACGUGCUGAGUCGCAUGAGUCGGCAUCACAAGCUGCCGAGCCAAGCGCAGUUAGCGCAGCAAUUUGCGCAGCUGGAGCAGCGUCUGUCGAAUGUCAGCAAUGUGACCGACAAUGACACGGAUACGUUGAACACCAUGAGCCUGGCCGAGCUGCAGCAACAAGUGCCGAUUGUGAACUGGACGCAGGCGUUGCAUUGGCAAUUUGGCACUUGGUAUGCACCAGAGCAUCAACUGGUGGUGGAUAAUGUAACCGCCUUGCAUGAACUAAUCGAUGUUUUGAACAACGCCAAUCCACGCCUGCUGCAGCUUUAUAGCCGUGCGCGUUUCCUGCAAUAUUUGCUGCAACUGCCGCACAAUCCGCUGGGCGAGCACAGCGCCGAGAGCUGCGUCAGACACAUGCGCAAGACGCUCUAUCUGGCUAUGAACUAUGCCUACGAGCAGAGCUAUUAUGCCAAGCAGCGUCCAGACGAUGAGCAAAUCAUCUUUGCCGUGUUCGAGCAGCUCAAGGCGCAGUUCUCGCUGCAGCUGCAGCGCAAUGAGUUUGGCUUGAGUGAUGAGUUGCUGGCAGCGCUGCAGCAAAAAGUUAGAGGCGUGCGUCUCAAUGUGGGCAACAUGCCACCGCAAGCCACAGCAGCGUUCUAUCAGGAGUGCAUUGAACACUGGCAGGUGGGCGACAACUUCUAUGACAAUCAUUUGCAUAGUCUGCAGCAUUAUUACUCACACCUAGCGGAGCUGGAGCGCAGUGUAAAUGAAACCGAGCGUCAGCUCUGGUACAGCUUCAAUCAUCAUGCGCCCGAUUUGCUGGACAACAUUGAUGCCACGCCCUAUUUCUACUGCCUGGGCAGCAUUAUCAUCAUGCCGUAUGCCUAUGUGCAGUUGCCUUUCUAUCAUGCGCAGUUCUGGCCCGCACUGCUCUAUGGCGAUCUAGCCAAUACGCUGGGCCACGAAAUGCUCCACGCCUUCGACACUUACUUUGUCGACUACGAUGCCCAAGGCGUGAUGCGCAACUACAGCGAUCAGCUAAACCAGCAUGCAGAGUACGUACAAAGGGUUAGCUGCCUCAACGACAGUCAGGUCAUCAUGUUGAACGAACGCGUCGCAGAUAUCAGUGGCACGCGCCUGGCGCUGCAAACGUACAUGCAACAGCCGCUGAAUCGCCGCCACAAUGGCCGUCUCUACUUUCUGCAGUUUGCCCAAUUCUUUUGUGGCGAGGAGGCGGAUAUGUUCCAUGAUACGGGCAGCAAGCGGCUCAACUAUGCGCUUGCCCAGAUGCAAGAGUUCGCCGAGGCGUUCGAUUGUGCGCCGGGGUCAGCAAUGAAUCCGCCGCAGCGCUGCAGCUUCUGGUAGCACAGCGUUUUAAUAAUUGUCAUAGCUUUAACUAGUUAAGCCAACAAGUAUUGUAAAUAAAUCGUA